AUGGUGGAGGAUGGGGUCAAGGUGAAUUGUGUGGUGCUCACGUCAAUUGUGCGGUCAUUGGAGAGUUCUUGGGCGCGCAACUUGGGUAGAGAGGUUCACGGAUUUGUGUUGAAGAAAUUCGGAGAUCGUAAAGAUGUUGCAAAGGUCCAGGCGGGCUUGGUUGACAUGUACUGCAAAUGCGGUGAUAUGAUCUCAGGUAGGCGAGUGUUCUAUAGCAGCAAGAAGAGGAAUGCUGUGUCGUGGACAGCUUUGAUGUCUGGGUAUGCAUCUAAUGGUAGGCCAGACCAGGCGCUGAGGUGCAUAGCUUGGAUGCAGCAAGAAGGAAUCAGACCAGACCUCAUUGCUGUGGGGACUGUUCUCCCAGUCUGCACAAAGUUGAAAGCGCUGGGGGAAGGGAAGCAGCUCCAUGCAUAUGCUUUAAGGAGGUGGUUCUUGCCCAACGUCUCUUUAUGCACAUCACUGAUCACCAUGUACGGCACAUGUGAUCACUUGGAAUACUCUCACCGAGUAUUUCAUGAUAUGGACAAGAAGACUGUACAAGCUUGGACUGCAUUGGUUGAUGCCUACCUCAAGAAUGGAGACCCAUUAACUGCUAUUAAUUUGUUCAGAUCUAUGCUGCUGACAAACCGCAGGCCUGAUGCCGUUGCUGUCACCAGGAUGUUGAGUGCCUGCUGUGAUAUUGGAGCAUUACGACUCGGCAAAGAAGUGCACGGUCAGGUGCUAAAGUUGCGGAUGGAACAACUCCCUUUAGUUGCAGCAGAAGUUGUAAACAUGUAUGGUAGGUGUGGAGACCUCAAAGCAGCACAGAGGGUUUUUAAUCGAACAGAGUCCAAGGGAUCCAUGACCUGCACUGCGAUAAUAGAAGCUUAUGCAGUCAACCAACGCCAUAAGGAGGCGCUGCAUCUCUUUAUUUGGAUGUUGUCAAAUAAAUUUGUUCCUACCAAGGCCACAUUCGAUGUGGUUCUGAAAAUCUGCGACGCCGCUGGGUUGCCUGAUGAAGCCCUUGGAAUUUUUAACUCUAUGGUCCAAGAAUACAACCUAGAAACAUCCCAAGAGAAUUUUGACUGCAUCAUCCGCCUCCUUACUGGUGCUGGCAGGAUUUCUGAAGCACAGCGCUUUGCUGACCUGAAAUCUACUCUGUUUAAUUUACCAACUCCAGUUUUGAACACUGAACAGGAUUGA